CGGGUCGCCGCGCCGGGCCCUGCUCGCUCUCUCGCUCUGCCGAGAGCCCGGGGGCAGCGCCCCGGUGGGACGCGAGCGGGGCUCGCUGCGCCCCCUGCGCUGCUGCGUUCCGCGGCCUCGGGGCAGCGGGGGGACGGGGGGAUGGGUCCAGCCCCGUCCCGGGCGGACCUCGGGGCACCAUUGCUGGCUCGGAGUGUGCCCCACUCUGUUUCUGAUCUGUCCCUGCUUUCUAGGCUGCCGUGAUUAAUGAAGAAACUCGUUCUUCAUUAGCAAACACCGUUAUAUGUUUAUAAUAAUUCAAACCCUCUAUAAACACCUAAAAACCUUCACGCUGCCGUGGCUUUGUGCCUCCUGCGGUAUUAUUUCCCGAGAGGUGCCGGGCGGCAGCCGCUAUGCAUCCAGUCCUAAAGGCCUUUGUGUGCGGCUCCAUCAGUGGCACUUGUUCCACGCUCCUCUUCCAGCCCCUUGACCUGCUGAAAACUCGCCUGCAAACUCUGCAGCCUGCUGUGAAUGGGUCUGGUCGUGCUGGGAUGGUAACACUGCUCUUUAGGGUUGUUCGUACUGAGAGUAUUCUGGGGCUCUGGAAAGGUGUCUCUCCAUCUUUUGCAAGAUGUAUUCCUGGGGUUGGAAUUUACUUCAGCACUUUGUACGUGAUGAAGCAAAAGUUUCUUGUGGACCGUUCACCCACAGCUGUGGAGUCUGUCUUCCUGGGUGCUGCUGCUCGUGCAGUUUCUGGGAUUUGCAUGUUGCCAGUGACUGUAGUGAAGACCCGAUAUGAGAGUGGAAGAUUUGGCUAUGGGAGUGUGUAUGGAGCCCUGAAGAGCAUCUAUCAGACUGAGGGGGCUCGUGGCAUGUUCAGCGGGCUCACGGCCACGCUGCUGCGGGAUGCGCCCUUCUCUGGCAUCUACCUGAUGUUCUACACACAGACCAAAAACCUCACACCCCAGGACCAGCUGGAUCCAGUGCUUGUGCCCUUGCUGAAUUUUGGCUGUGGGAUCCUUGCAGGGAUCUUGGCCUCUUUGGCAACACAGCCUGCUGAUGUCAUCAAAACACACAUGCAGCUGUCACCCCAAAAGUACCACAGGACAAGACAGGCCAUUGCCUUUAUCUACAAGGACUUUGGGCUGGUGGGCUUUUUCCGAGGCGGUGUGCCCCGAGUUCUCAGGCGCACUCUGAUGGCAGCAAUGGCAUGGACGGUGUAUGAACAGAUGAUGGAAAAAAUGGGCAUGAAAUCCUGACUGAGCUGCACAAGAAAGGACCAGCUUCACUCCUUCUCCCGUUUGUUGUGAUCAACUGGCACUGAGAAGUUCCCAGUUCCACAGAGGAAUAAGCCUUCUUCAGCUCGGAGGAAAGAAGUCCUUCUGAGACAGGGGAUUAAGCCUUUUGGCAAGUAGAGGAAAGGAAGGAUUGGAUCUUUGUGUUGUUUGAUCAAUGCAUUCCAGAAGGACUGCACUUGCAGACUGCUGUGGGAAAUGGCAGGGUUUUCACAGCCUGGUAACUAUGCUGAGAAGCCCCUUUUGAAAAUAACUCUGUGCUCACCACCUUUAUGCAAUGAGACAGUAUUAGAGCAAAAGUGUUUGAGGAGAAAACAGUGAUGACAGAACUUGCCGGCUAGCCUGUUCCUUGCUGGUGUGGCCAGAAAACCAUCUGAUAUAGGUCCUCCUUCCUCAUAUGCUUUAUUCUCAUAGGGGAACACUAGGCCCUGGUGGGAAACUGGAUGUGUCUCAUGGUGCGUAUAUUGCAGAGUGGGUGGAAAGAAAUGAAGUGCAGAGGAAAAGCUACAAACAUGGUCUCUGCCAUCACUUCUGUACUGUGGGUGGUCACAGAGAAAGUAACUGGAACCGCCUUGCUGUGUUGUGUAUUAUUAUGUUAUUGAGCACCUUAACACUCUUGAAAUGUCCUUCUGCCUCUACAGCAGAGUUUGAGAGUUUGCACAGGAAUUAAGAAGCAUAAGGCACUUUAGAAUUGAUUGCUACCAAAGUUCUACUUGUUCUCUGAAAAAAAAAAAAA